AUGGCGCAGAGGGCGGCGGGCGCGCUUCUCCGGCGGUCCCUCGGGCUCGCGCCGCCGACGGCCCCCAGGGCCCUGAGCACCAGCACCGCGGCGCCGGCCGCGGCGGCGGAGGGAGAGGCCGCGGCUGCCAAGGCGAAGAGGAGCAAGAAGAAGAACCUGUUCGACGUGGUGCAGUUCCUGCCGGACUGGGGCGUCGGCUACAAGGUCGCCAAGACCACCUGGCGCGACGUCUCCUACCAGAUCACCAAGAUCAACCUCUACAAGGACGGCCGCCACGGGAAGGCGUGGGGGAUUCGGCACAAGGCCGGUGUGCAAGUGGCCGACGCUCCGAUAAAACUCAGCGGAGUGAACAAGCGUGGUUGGAAGUACAUAAAGGCAUCGCAGAAGACGGUGCAGGAUACCCCCGCAGCAGAGACGCCAGCCGCUGCCACUGCCACCGCCACUGCUUAA